AUGAACUUCCUUCUCAGUAACGAAGAGAACGAGGCCAUCGCCGCGGUCGAGGCGAUCAACGCAAUCAACAAUACCAACACCAUUCGGUCCGGCCAUUCGACAUGCCUGCGCUUCAAUCGAUCAGGCGACCUUCUGGCCUCCGGUAGGGUGGACGGCACAGUAGUCAUCUGGGAUAUCGAGACGAUGGGUGUAGCGAGGAAGAUGCGCGGCCACCACAGAAGCAUCACUUCUCUAAGUUGGUCAAGGUGCGGCCGCUACCUACUGUCGGCGUGCCAAGGAUGGAAAGCUGUGUUGUGGGAUUUGAAAGAUGGCAAACGGUAUCGUGAGGUCCGUUUCCGGGCUCCGGCAUACAUCGCGGAGCUCAAUCCCUUCAAUCAUCACCAGUUUGUGGCCUCGAUAUUCGAAGAGCAACCGAUACUCGUCGAUGUGUCAGACGUAACUGAUAUCAAAUAUCCUCUCAGCUCGGCACCGAAACGCCCCGACAUUGACGGAGAACCUACCGAGAAACAGUUGAAAGACGACGCGAAACAGAUGACCACCGUCACGAUUUUUACAUCUACGGGAGAGCAUAUACUGGCAGGAACCAACAAGGGAUGGAUCAAUGUCAUUGACGCGAAGACAAGGAAGACUAUAUACUCAGAAAAGCCCUGUAGCGGUGUGAUCACGACAUUGCGCCUGAACAACUCUGGAAGGGUCCUCCUGAUCAACGCCCAAGACCGUAUUGUCAGAACGUUCCAUAUCCCAAACCUCGCGGCUGAAGACCUCGAUCUGGACACGAUACAUUUCACGGAGGAACACAAAUUUUCAGACCAAGUCAACAGGCUGUCGUGGAACCACGUCACAUUCAGUUCAGCCUCCGAGUACGUCGCGGCGUCAACAUAUAACAACCACGAAAUAUAUGUCUGGGAUAGGGGAAUGGGUAGCACAGGCCUGAUCAGAAUACUAGAUGGCCCCAAGGAAGAACAGGGAGUAGUCGAAUGGCACCCGGAUCGACCCUUCAUCGCAACGUGCGGUCUUGAGACGGGAAGGAUAUACAUUUGGUCUGUCAUACCCGAGCAGAAGUGGUCCAGGCUUGCGCCCGACUUUGCCCAGGUCGAGGAGAACCAGGAAUACGAGGAACUGGAGGACGAAUUUGACAUAUACGGUCAGGAGGAGCUGCAGAAGAGGCGUUUGGACGCGGAGGACGAGGAAGUGGACGUCGUUACUUCGAUCGUCGUCAACGGGCACAUCAGCGACGCUGGAGCUUUCCGCAUGCCGAUACUCUUCGACCUCGGAGAAAGCGACAGCGAGGAAGAGUUCGUGGCGGUAUCUACCGGAACCAUGCGGAGAAGGAGUCCGGGUGCGGAUGGCGAGAUACCAGACAGCGAAGUCGUAGAAGACAAGAUGACCUCUCGAAAGGGAAGGAUUGGUGGAAGAGGUCGGAGAAGAUGA